CACACCUGGGGUACUUUGAGGAUAUUCGGGGCAGUUUUCGGGGGGUUCCAGGCCCUCCCCAGCCGUGUGACCCCUCCGCAAUUUGGGGUGUCCCCCCCCCAGGCUGAGGGUGGCCCCCCGGGCCCUGCUGUGCUGCCCCCCGAGAGCCUCGAGAGCCCCCCAGAGCUGCAGCAGCGCGGGCAGCCCCGCAGCCAUGGCAGCGUCCCCAGGCCCCGCAGUGUCCCCAGGCGCCCCGGGCGGGCUGGUGGCGGUGGCACAGGUGACAUCCACGGCGGACAAGGAGCACAACUGGCGGCAGUGCUCGGCCCUGGUGCGGCGCGCGGCGGCCGCGGGGGCCCGGGCCGUGUUCCUGCCCGAGGGCUUCGACUUCAUCGGGGACAGUCCCCAGCACAGCCUGGAGCUGGCAGAGCCACUGCACGGCGACACCGUGCGGCGAUACCAGCAGCUGGCCAGGGAAUGUGACGUGUGGCUCUCCCUCGGGGGUUUCCACGAGCGUGGCCAGGACUGGGACAGCACCGGCCGCAUCUACAACUGUCACCUGCUGCUGGACAGCUCGGGCUCUCUGGUGGCCGCGUACCGCAAGCUGCACCUGUUUGACGCGGCGCUGCCGGGGCAGCCGGCGCUGUGCGAGAGCUCCUUCACCAACCCUGGCCAGGAGCUGCUGCCCCCCAUCGACACCCCCGUGGGCAAGCUGGGGCUGGCCGUGUGCUAUGACCUGCGUUUCCCGGAGCUGGCCCAGGCCCUGCGCGGGGCCGGUGCCCAAAUCCUGACCUUCCCCUCGGCCUUCACCGUCCCCACCGGAGCUGCACACUGGGAGGUGCUGCUGCGUGCCCGUGCCAUCGAGUGCCAGUGCUACGUGGUGGCCGCGGCUCAGUGCGGCCGCCACAACGCCACCCGCGCGUCCUUCGGUCACUCGCUGGUGGCCGAUCCCUGGGGCGCCGUGGUGGCUCAGUGCCACGAGGGGCCGGGGCUCUGCCUGGCCCACAUCGACCUGGCCUACCUGGAGCAGGUGCGCAGGGAGCUGCCCGUGCACGGCCACCGCCGCGGGGACAUCUACGGGACCCCGACGGGGACACCGGGGACGUGACGGCGCCGGCGGCAACGGGGCCGGGUUUGGCUCGAAUCUGCCGGAAUUUGCACCGGGUUUGCUUUUCUGUCCUCAAAAUGGAAUGGCACAAUGUGUCAUCCCCUUUCUUUUUGGGAGUCCCAAAUCUGCCCCAAACCUGCAUCAAUUCAGCCCCAAAUCUGCCCUUUUAUCCCCAAAAUGAAAUGGCACAAUAUGUCCUCCCUGCUCUUUUUGGGGUUCCAAAUCAGCCCCAAAUCUGUAUCAAUUCAGCCCCAAAUCUGCCCUUUUUUUUCCCCAAAAUGGACUGGCACAAUGUGUCCUCCCCUUUCUUUUUGGGAGUCCCAAAUCUGCCCCAAACCUGCAUCAAUUCAGCCCCAAAGCUGCCCUUUUAUCCCCAAAAUGAAAUGGCACAAUAUGUCCUCCCUGCUCUUUUUGGGGUCCCAAAUCUGCCCUUUUUGUCCCCAAAAUGGAAUGGCACAAUGUGUCCCCCCUUUCUUUUUUGGGGGUCUCAAAUCUGUAUCAAUUCAGCCCCAAAUCUUCCUCCAAGUCAGUCCCAAAUCUGCCCUUUUUGUCCCCAAAAUGGAAUGGCACAAUGUGUCCUCCCUGGUCUUUUUGGGGUUCCAAAUCAGCCCCAAAUCUCCCAUCAACUCAGCCCCAAAUUUGCACCAAAUCAGUCCCAAAUCUGCCCUUUUUGUCCCCAGAAUGGAAUGGCACAACGUGUCCUCCCUGUUCUCCUUUUGGGGUCCCCACUCUUUUUUGGGGUCCUGAUUCAGCCCCAAAUUUGUUCCAAUUCUGCAGCAAUUUAGCCCAAAAUUGACCCUGAAUCUGCCCCAAAUCUGCUCUAAUUUACACAAAAUGUGCUCCAAAUCAGCCUUUUUGUCCCCAAAGUGAAACAGCACAAGGUGUCCCCCUUUUUUUGGGGGGGGUCCCAAAUCUGCUCUGAAACUGCCCCAAAAUCAACCCCAAAUCUGCUUCAAAUCAGCCCCAAAUCUGCCCCAAUUUUCCCCAAAAUCUGCAUCAAUUCAACCCCAAAAUCAGCCCAAAUUUGCACUGAAGCAGCACUUUUGUCCCCAAAUGGGAUUUCCACUUUUUUGGGGGGCUCCCCCUUUUUUAGGGGUUCUGAGGGGGGAGGAAUUUCUUUCUAUUAAAAUUUGAAAAAUACAAAAUC